UUCAGUUGUGUUUGCUCUCUAUUCCUCUCUCGGACUGUCUGUCGCCUCUAGUGCCAGUGACUGUGACCAUAAUCGUCACUCAAGUCAGACCAUCAUUAUUGGUGAGAUCACCGUGCCCAGCUUAGCUAGUUGAUCCAGUGUGGAACUAUUAAAACAGGAAUAAAAUACUCGCAAAAUGGCUGUCAGCCGAUUGUCGAUCGUGAAAUUUUUGGAACUGGCCCUCACCAUCAGUUGCGUGGUGCUGCACUACAAAAGCUUGGGCGAAACCGAUGACCUAACGAAAUUGCUGGUUGCCGGAACCUUCGUCGGAUAUUCCAUCAUUCUUAUCGGAUUGUUUGCCGGUUACCUAUUAAGCAACCCCAUCAACAAGAAGAUCGACCUGUUCUUCAGCCUGCUCGGAUGUGCCAUGUUCAUCGCUUCCGGUGUGCUGAUCCUGCAGGAAUGGGAGAACGCCUUCAAAACCGACCGCCGGCGAAUAGCCAUCAGCAAGGGCUCGCUGGCCAUCAUCAACGGUGUGCUGUUCUUCUUUGACGCCAUAUUCACAUUCAGAGAUUAAAUUGCUACCGCCGAAAAACGGUAGACGUCCAACAUGCCAAAAAAAAAACUAUUUAUCUCAUCCACAAAACACACACACGUAUAUGUGCAUACAAACAAAAGUGACUUGCUUGGUAAACUUGCUUCCAACUUCCAAAAAGUUACAGAAAGCGAUCGGAAAUCUCAUACAGUUUAUACUUCUAUUAUACUAAAGUUAAACAACGAUAAGACGCUAGAUUGUUAAGAUUAAUAUUUAUGUCUGAAAAGCAGAGAAACCAACAUUUUGUUCUUUGUUUAAAAUAUUAAGCUAUUUUUUGCGUUUUGGUUGGCUAAGAUCCAAAAUUAAGCUUUUGAAAUCGAAGUAAUAUGCGAACUAUAAGUGUGAAAUCUAUGUCAUAGCUUUUAAAACACGCACAAACACAGACGUGACCAGGAAAAACGAAAACUGAUUUCUUAAUUCAUCCAGCGAAACACAGGUGGCAGCAAGCGGUGUGCAUUUGGCUUGCUGCGAGCUUUUUUCGCCCUCCGCGUCAAACAUACCGGCGACUGUUCGCCAUCACACACACCAACACACAACCAGCCAAUCGUAAGGACAUUCAUGUGGAAAAUUCUUUGUCAUUCUGCAAGUACAAUAUACAUUGAGUUUUUUUUCUGAGAUAUUUUAUGAAUAAAUAAUAAAAAGUCUAUUUAAGU